AAUUGAAGUUUAUUUGUCGUAACUUAUUAGACGCGCGCAACCUCAAUACCUCCCAUAAUUCAAUUGCAUGCUCCUAUCACUCUCCAUAGCGCCCUCCCGAUUAACGCUUCGGCAUGUAACCCGAUUUCUACGCACACCAUAUCUUUUUCGAACUGCUGCGCGAACCAUGGCGUCGGAAACUAAGAACGGCUCUGCAAUUGCGACAACCGAUAUUCCGAUCAUCACGAAGGACGGGCAAGAGUUUACAGAAGUCAAAGAGGGAUUGGCUCGCAUUCUAGUUCCCUUUUCUGCAAAAGAUAUCGCGGAUAAGAAAUCCAAUAUCGAGGAACAGCAAAAAGUUUUCUAUAACCCCAUCCAGCAGUUCAAUCGCGACUUGACAGUUCUCGCGAUCAAAGCGUAUGCAGAGGAUGUCUUUGCUAAGAGGCGGGUUGGGAAUGCCGAAAGGGUAGCCAAGAGGAAACGUGAGAAGACUGAUACUGAUGGUCGCAACUCGAAGAAGGAAAAAGUAACAGAAAAUGCAGACGGCGCUACGUCUACAGCUGACGAUGCGAUUAAGAAUAAUGGAGUUCAGCCAGACGACGCAGAUGUAACCCUUCCAGAUGCCGACCUGCCUGCCGAAAACUCACAGUCAGCCCAAGACCAAGAAACAAAACCUACUGAAGUAAGAAAUAACCAACCCACCCCUAAAUUCACCAUUCUCGAUGCUCUUUCGGCUACAGGGCUUCGAGCUCUGCGAUAUGCCCAGGAGUUACCAUUUGUCACAUCAGUCACUGCAAAUGACCUUAGUCCAUCUGCUGUCAAAGCGAUCAAACAAAAUGCCGAGCACAAUGGUGUCGAAUCCAAAGUGAACGCGACAUCGGGCGAUGCCAGAGCGCAUAUGUACUCUUUACUCACUCAUGAACUGGCGGAAGAAAAGGGGAAAAACAAGAAGGGCGGUAAUAAGCCAAACAAACCAAAUAGCAAGUAUAAUGUGAUCGACCUAGACCCGUACGGAACCGCUGCACCCUUUUUUGACGCGGCAGUUAACGCCGUACGAGAUGACGGCGGUUUGCUAUGUGUUACAUGCACAGAUUCGGGUGUCUUUGCGUCAAAUGGAUAUCCCGAGAAGACAUUUGCUCUUUACGGUGGUACCCCUGUGAAAGGAUGGCAUUCUCAUGAAGCCGGGCUGCGCCUUAUAAUACACGGCCUUGCUUCAACAGCGGCGAGGUAUGGAUUGGCCAUUGAGCCCCUCCUAAGUCUAUCAAUCGAUUAUUAUGUCCGAAUUUUCGUCAAGGUUAGGAAAUCGCCGGCGGAAGUCAAGUUCCUUGCGGGGAAGACUAUGAUUGUGUAUAGCUGUGACCAAGGGUGCGGCGCCUGGGAAACGCAAUUCCUGGCGCGCAACAGGAAGACACCCAAUGCGUCUGGAAAAGGCGUUUUUUAUAAGCACGGACUUGCUAUGGCGCCAACUGUUGAUCAACUCUGCAAAGAAUGCGGCUCGAAGAUGCACCUUAGCGGUCCAAUGUACGGUGGGCCACUACACUCUCCAGAUUUCAUCAAGAAAAUCCUGGAUGACCUACCCAAUGCCCCUGACGAGAUCUAUGGUACAAAGCCACGGAUAGAAGGAAUGCUACAAACGGCCCUGGAAGAGUUUCUCACACCACCGGAAGAUAGGAUGGAAAGUCACAGAGAGGACGAAUUCGCUGCGAUAGAACAUUAUCCGUUCUAUUUUCACCCUGCCAAGCUAGCGGGCACUUUGCACUGCAUGUCUCCCGACGAGGAUAGUUUCAGGGGCGCUUUGCGGUCCUUAGGCUACGAAGUUACUCGUAGCCAUUGUAAAGGCGGUAGUAUUAAGACCAAUGCGCCAUGGUCGGUCAUUUGGCAUAUCAUGAGGGAGUGGGUUCGCGAAAAGGCGCCUGUGCGUGUCGAUAGAAUCAAGGAGAAUACACCGGCGUAUACCUUGCUCCGGUUAGGCAAGACGGAUGAAGCUACGAAGGAAAAUACGGGAAAGGAUGCUGAGCGCGAAGCAAUCGAUCAGCUGAAGGUAGUUUUCGAUCAAAAACUUGGGCGAGACGCGUCCAAGAAGAAAGGCCUUGUUAGAUAUCAGACAAAUCCCAGAGAGCACUGGGGCCCGCAGAGCAGAGCAAAGGCUCAUUAAAAUGGUAAAUGGUAGACGGUAAACGGUAGAAUAGGGAGUGUAGAACAGUUUCAAAGCCCAAUACUACGGCUGGUCUUAGACCGGCUAAUGAUACCCUUUUAUUUCGCCCUUA